UAGUUAUUAGAAAAUAUGUUAGUAAAAAUCAAAUUUUGAAUAUAUAUAUUUAUAUAUAUUAUUUUUUUUGAAUGAAUUUUUGAUAUAAAUCAAUUUUAAAUUAUUAUUUUAAUUUGAAUAUAUAUAUCAAGUAACAUAGACUCAUUACUUUUUAAUAUAAUGUAAUGGACUUCUAAUUUCUUUAGUAGCAUAAGAUCAUUAUUUUUUUUCCUAACUUACUACUAUCCAUGUUUCCAAACAGUACUAUUUUUUUAACUACUAUUCAUAUUGCCAAACAAUCUCAAUGUGUACUUCAACUUUAAUAAUAUAGAUAGAUAGUUGCAUUAACUUCUGGGAUCUUUGACUUCUUUUCUUCCCAACACUCAUUUUCUUGGCUUCGCCUUUUUUCUAUCCUUGACUUAUUUUUUCCUUUUUAUUUGCAUGUUUCAGAUCUGACUUCUUGGAGAAGAACGUGGAGAACCAUUUACACAUCACCACCGACGCUGUUUACAUUUACCAUAUUUGCAACUGAGCACUGUCAUUUGUUUCGGCCAUCACCGUUGUCAUUUCUUCCACCAUCGCCAUUGUUGUCAUAUCUUCUUCUACCGACAUAAGUAUUUUAUAUUUAGAUUUAUUAUAAUUUCUGUUUAUUUUCGUCUGUAAUAUUUUAAUGAUUUAAAAUCGUUUUCUAUUUUCUAAUUUAUUAUUUUGUUAAGAUUAGAAUUUGGCUCAAUUUAACAAAGUAGCCCAAAAUGUGUAAGUUUGAAAUAUAUACAUUUGGAGUUAAUUCUUAGUGGACUGGACUUUAUAAACUAAAAUAAUGACAACAGAAGAAACGAAAACCCAGACGGAACACAAACAAAAAUAAAUGAAACGCAUCGUUUUUGGAAAUGGGACAGAUGUCGCUUCUGGGAUACACGACUUAGUGACGUGGAGGCACAGGAGAGAGACAAACAAUAUUUUAUAUAUAUAGAUACUUUAAGACGUUGGAUUUCUUCAGCCAAAGCCAAAUGGAUUGUAUCAUGACAAUAAUAAGCAACCUGCAAGAAUCCUAUUUCCACCAAAUUAAUUAAUAAAAAAAAAAUAACAAUUCUCAUAUACCAUGAAAGAGAGUUUAAAAUACAUUAAUACGAAUUUAGAAUAUGGUUAGAAAUUUUAAAACAACACUAAAAAGUUUAGGCUUCAGUAUAUAGAGCGUUUAACGUAAAAUUCAAUAUUUUAUGUUAACACAUAGAUUUUGAGAAAAAUUCAAAAAAUAUAGCAAUAUUGCUUUAAUGCAUAGUUGCCUGAUGUACUAAUAUAUGAUGAUGGUCAAAGAGGUUUGGAAAUUAUGUUGUCUCCAUUUCUCUAGAGAAUAGCGAUUUUAUGUUACAUAACCUUCGAUUAGAAAGAAUUUCAGUAUUUCAAUUUGUAACAAACAGGUGGAACUGGAUUUAAUGUAGCGUAGAAGCUCGUUAAGAAGGGAAUAAGCGGGUAAGGCAAUGAUGACGACUUGACUGCCUUUGUUAUACUUGGCUUCUUUGAUGUUGUUUGAGUAUAUAAUACCUUUCAUUACCAUAAUCUAUGUGCUGCCUACAUUCCACAAAAUGGGCAUCCCGCUGCAAAAACCAUUAAAAGAUUUCAGACAAUAGUAACAAAUAAACAGUCAAGAUAAACAGUAUUAAAGAGACUCUCGAGAACAUCAAGUGGUUUCAGGUCAAUCAUUGGGCCCUUGUUUGAUCCUUUGCUUGAUGGACUUGUCUUGAAAGACCACCAGAAAACGCCGAAGUACCUCCUUCCGCUUUGUUCCAAAAAUUUGGCCUUUAAACUCCCUAUUGCUCAUAUCAAUUAAACGAUUUAUAAACUGCAGCAUACAUGAACGCCUUUUUGACCAUCAUAUAUCUAAUAUACCGGCGAAGUGACCAAACUUUGAGGGAAGAGACUUUGGAGUCCACUGGCGAGGAAGAUAGAAUAUGUAUAUAAUGGCGGAUGAUGCGGCUAUUUGGCAGAGCACUAGAGCUGCAAAUCCUUUUUUUUAUCCAAGGAACCGGUGUUGGACUUAACUGGAACUUUGGUGGUGGACUUGCUGGGACUUUUCUGGUCGAGUUUUCGGGAAUAGUAUCCAUGGAAGCGGUUUUGAAUUUCGCCGAGGUUGUGGAGAUUGAGUUCGCCGGAGCGGUAAAGCUUGGAAGCUAUAUUUUGUACCAUGUAAACAAUGUAUGUAGUGGGUUAUUAGUGAGAUGAUUGGGAUUCAGGAAAUAGAGGAGGCUUAUGAUUAUGAGAGUAUAUAUGCUGAGCUUGGUUGGAGGUGAAGCGUUUAGGUGUCACAUGGGAGAUGAAGUUAUAAGUAGCUUUGAUUGGUGAAAAAGUUACACAGACAAUUGAAUUCGACAUUAAAUUAUAUACCUUACACAUUCACGGUUUAGGUGGUUGUUUUUAUUUCUCAGGUUCGUAAUUAAAAAGGGACGAAGAAGGAACACGAAGAGGCAGUAUCUUAUUGGGCUGAAAAUUAUGUCACACAUUCAAUUAAAAGAAACAUGCCUCCAUAAGAAGCCAUGAUCGAACGUAAUUUGUCAAACUUCAAUGGACGGUAGAAUAGAGAAUAGAAGACACGUGUCUAAAGUAGGAACCAUCUUCGCUAAGGUGGCUUCAUGAAAAGUGAAACUUGUCAACUUUAUUGUAAUAUAGAUUCUUUAAGAUGAAAAAUCACAUCUUCUAUUUCAGUAUAAUCCAAAUCUGUGUGAUUUAAUUACCUUUUAUUCCCAACAGAGAUGUUCUUUUUUUUUUGCUUAAUUAUUUUUACUUUUACUUUUAUUUAUUUUCAGCAUGGAAACACCAGUUCCUUUCUCUAAAAUAAUUACAUGGUCUACAGAUUCGCCAUUUAUGUAUUGCUUUAAGCAUAUUUGUGGUCUUUUGUUACCAUAUUUUUAAUUUUCACAAUUUUAUUUACUAGCUUUAGCUUUGCAUUGAGUUUUUGUUUUUUAAAUGCAAUAUUUUUUAAUUUUUAUGACUUAAUAAGUUUUAAAAUAAUAUAUUAGUAUUAAAUUAAUUCUAAAUAUAUAUUUAUAUGUAUUUUAAAUAAAUAAAUAUAUAUAUAUAUAUAUAUAUAAUAGUUUUCCCCCAGUAAAAAAAUUCUUAGAUCCGCCACUAAUCAAAAUUAUGAAAAACAUGAAGUUAAGGAAAGAUUUAAGAGAUAGAGAUGAAUCUAGUGAAAUCUAGAAAAAGGUAUAAAGUCAAUAUUCAUCUAAUAUAUGAUAUAUUAUUCCAUAUUAGUUUAGAAAAUUAAAUUGAUUUAGUAUCUGUAUAAACUGUUCAAAAAUACAAAAACUGUCCAUAAAAUGGAGAUUGAACAUUAAUAUAAAUACCUACAUAUCCUUAGCCUAUUGUUAUCAUCCAAGUUCAUCCCUCUGAACAAGCUAUGGCCACAACACCACAUUUUUUAACUCUCCCUUCCCUCCUCCUAGCCUCGGUCGUGAUCUUCCUACUCUCAUCAAAGACAUCUGCCAUAGGUAUUAACUAUGGUACACAGGGGAACCUUCCACCACCGCAGCAAGUGGUGGAAUUCAUCAAAACAAAAACCAUUAUCGACAGUGUCAAGAUCUAUGAUGCAAAUCCUGACAUCCUCCGAGCCCUAUCAGGAACUGGAAUAGAUGUCACCAUUAUGGUCCCUAAUGGUAACAUCCCAGCGUUGGCCAAUGUUGAAAAUGCUCGUCAAUGGGUCGGUGCCAAUGUCUUGCCAUUUCACCAACAAACUAAGAUCAAAUACAUCUGUGUUGGGAAUGAGAUUCUUCUUACAAAAGACAAUAACUUGAUCUCAAAUCUUAUUCCGGCGAUGCAAAGUCUUCUUGAAGCUUUGAAAGUUUCCGGUCUACCAGAUAUGAAGGUGACCACUCCACAUGCGUUUACGGUAGUCUAUAACCAAGAUGCACCAAGCGAGAGCAGAUUUAAUGACGAGCAAAAAUACAUUUUUGCUAAGAUCUUGGAGUUCAAUCGUCAGGCCAAGUCCCCAUUCAUGAUCAGCGCCUACCCUUAUUUUAUGGUGGACCCGAACAAUGUCAAUUACGCUAUAUUUGGUCCGUCAAAUGCUAUAACGGAUACUAAAACGGGAAAAACCUAUAACAACAUGUUCGAUGCAGUCAUGGAUGCAACUUAUUCAGCUAUGAAUGCUCUCGGCUAUGGCGAUGUAGAUAUUGCAGUAGGAGAAACCGGUUGGCCUAGCGCUUGCGACGCUGCAUGGUGCACGCCUCAAAACGCAGCAAACUACAACAUUAACAUCAUCAAGCGUUCACAAAAUAUAGGGACACCUCUUAUGCCUAAUCGCCACAUCGAUAUCUACUUAUUCGCAUUGUUCAAUGAGGAUGGUAAACCCGGUCCAACCUAUGAGAAAAAUUGGGGGCUAUUCAAACCAGAUUUUUCUCCGGUGUAUGAUGUUGGGGUCCUACGAGGUAGUGAUACAGGUCCACCGCCAAGUAGUAGUGAAAAAUGGUGCGUGGUGAAACAAGAAGCGACAAACGAACAACUACAAGCGAAUAUAGACUGGGUGUGUAGCCAAGGUAUUGAUUGUAAGAACAUCUCACCUGGUGGCAUAUGUUUUGACAACAUGAAGGCACGAUCGUCAUUCGUCAUGAACGUUUAUUACCAAAGCAAAGGUGGCUCGGAAGAGGCUUGUAAUUUCAGCGGUAGUGGUGUCGUCACUACUACCAAUCCAAGCACUAGCUCAUGCGUCAUGAAAAACGUGGAAGGCGGAUCCGUACAUGGAACUUAAUCAGUACCGUGAUUAGAACCUUUGCAGCUGUACUCAAUAAAAAAAAUGUAAUGAAUUGUAUUGUAUCACAAACUAAAUGAUAUUGUUUUGAAUCAUUUACUUAUAAAUGAAUGAAAAAUAAAUAACUUAGCAUUA